AUGUUCCACGCUGCCGUUGUGCCUUGUUUGAGGAAGAAGACCAAACCCAAAGCAGCCAGCGUGAUUGUCCCCGGGCACGAGGUGAAGUUCAAGGAGGUCAGACUGUUCCUGGUGGAGAAGAAGAUGGGCUCCAGCAGAAGACGCUUUUUGACACAACUGGCCAGGUCAAAAGGCUUCAUUGUGGAUGACGUCCUCAGUGACGACAUCACUCACGUGGUGUCCGAGGACAGCGGGGCAUCAUCCUUGUGGGCGUGGCUGAAGGGGCGUGGCCUGAACAAUCUCUCCAACAUGCAAGUAUUGCAUGUCAGCUGGUUCACCGACAGCAUGAGAGCCGGGAGGCCUGCAGCGGUGGAGAGCAGACAUCUCAUCCAGGACACCUUGCCUGCGGUUCCACAGGGUUCUACACUCGCUCCUGGGACAGCGGUUUCUCAAUAUGCCUGCCAGAGACGUACGAGCACUGACAACAAAAACAAGAUUUUCACAGAUGCUUUUGAAGUGCUGGCUGAGAACUAUGAAUUGAGUCAGCUGAAGAGUUCAUGCCUGACUUUCCGAAGAGCUGCAUCGGUCCUGAAGAGUCUGUCGUGGGCUGUGAAGUGCAUGGCAGCCACUCAAGGCCUGCCGUGCCUGGGGGAGCCCACCAAAGCCGUCAUGGAGGAGAUCCUUCAAAGUGGUCAUUCAUUUCAAGUUCAGAAAAUCCUGUCGAGUGAGCGGUAUCAAACCCUGAAGCUGUUCACGAGUGUGUUUGGGGUAGGACCGAAGACGGCGGAGAGAUGGUACCGCAUGGGGCUCCGCUCGUUCAGCGACAUUCUGGCGGAGCCCGGCAUUCAACUCAAUCGGAUGCAGCAAAGUGGUUUUCUGCAUUAUGGAGAUAUCUCCAGGGCUGUCACUAAAGCGGAGGCUCGGGCCCUGGGGAACAUUAUUGACAAGGCUGUCCAUUUGAUCACAUCAGAUGGCAUAAUAGCCCUGACAGGCGGCUUCCGCAGGGGGAAAGAGAUCGGCCAUGAUGUGGACUAUAUUGUCACCACGCCCGAGGUGGGCAAGGAGGAAUGUGUGCUGAUCCACGUCAUUGAUUGCUUUAAAAAGCAAGGAAUUGUUCUUUACUGUGAUUACCAGCCCUCCACCUUUCACAUAUCCAAGCUCCCUUGCCAGAAAUAUGACGCAAUGGACUACUUCGCUAAGUGCUUCCUUAUCCUGAGACUGGAGGCCGGCCAGGUGGAUGGAGGUCUCAGCUGUGAUGAGGACGACGACAGGGGCUGGAAAGCAGUACGUCUGGACUUGGUAUCUCCACCGAUGGAUCGUUAUGCCUUUGCUCUCCUGGGAUGGACUGGCUCCACGCAGUUUGACAGAGAUCUGAGGAGAUUUGCUCGGUUAGAGAAAAGGAUGAUUUUGGACAACCAUGCUCUUUACGACAAAACUAAGGGAGAGUUCCUGGCAGCUACGACUGAAGAGGACAUAUUUGCUCAUCUGGGUCUCGAGUACAUCGAGCCUUGGCAGAGAAACGCGUAGGCAUCCACUUCUCCUUGGCCAAACGACAUCCGACAUCACUGCUUUCUGCUGCCGCUCUGAUUCACUUUUGAUUUCUGUACUUUUUUGUGUUGUUGGAUUGUUGUUUUUCUGGAUGACAUGCUUGUGUAUGAUUCAUAACGGUGCUUAUUCAGUCUAUUUCUCUUGGCGAUCUAUAAAGUAUCCUCUCCUAUCAUUCAUUGUUAUUUGAAUGUGAAUAAACACUCUUCUUUACCAUCCAAGUGUUGUAGUUACGCAUGCGACACAAUGGCAAUUGAACGCCUGCAAGGCGCAAAAAAGGAGACUGGAAGAAUUCCGCGGGAGAGCGGAGGCAGAAAUGGCGUGUGAGGUUGGGAGGAGAC